AUGAGGGAGCCAUGGCACCCUCGUUUUCCUCCGCAGCGGUCCUGGCAACACCUCAGCAAGAGCAUCCCAGACGCUGGGCACAAGUAUUACCUGCAGUUCACCACCGAAGACUACAACAGCGGGGAAAAUGCCGGGAGCUGCCUUGCUACAGUGUUGUAUCCCAAGACAAAGUCUCCGCCUGUUGUCAGUAUCAAGUGCAUGCACACCAAAGACCAGAAGCAAAUCCAGGAGGACGACAACAGACUUUACCAAAAAAUUAGGCAUCAAACCAAACCAAUAAUUGGAAACAAUAUUCCAGACAGCUAUGGCAAUAUUGAACCUGCCCUGGAGCCAGCGUGGGCUUUGGCUGUUGCUGGCAGCAGUUACAUCAUGUGGGAAAAGUCAACAGAGAACUUGGGUUACUUCGUGGCACAAGUCAAGUCUGUGAAGCAGUGGAUAAGGAAAGAUGAUUUUAUUGAGUUUGACUACACUGUCCUACUCCAUGAAAUUCCAACACAGGAAAUUAUUUCAUGUCAUAUGCGCCUCACUUGGCUUCCUGGUCACCCUCUGAAAGUGAAAUACUUCUGUGCUUCAGACAAUCAGGGGCUCGAAGAUGGAUCUGGAAUGGAAUCUGGAUCAGCUGCUGGGAUUUUACAUGAAAAUUUUUAA